UCAAGAGUCAAUCACCACCUCCAUUGGACCUUGUAUCUAUCUACAAUAUUCUUUCCUCACAAUAGAUAACAGACUCAGUUUAUCACUUGUUGCCACCUGGUUCACUCUACCAAACAUUUUACACAGUUUAUCAACUAAAUUAACCUUGAAUCGUUCACUUUAAACCUUAUUUUAGUGCUAAAUAACUUGGUGUAGUGUUAGAUUAGCGUUAUUUUCGUGCUGAGAAAUAUUGAGCCACUAAUUCUCAAAGGUUUGCGAGUUAGGCUACUAAAUUUAUCAGUGAACAAUUAUUAUAACAAUGAAUGACACUUUUCUAUUGUGGUUCACCCAGUCUGUUAUCUGCCAUCUGCUGCUGUGCGUUUCAAAAUUGUUUCUGUGACAAUUAACUGUAAACUUGUGAAUUUCCGUGCAGUGUAAAUUGGUCAAUUUUCUCAAAUUGCAACUAGUUUUCGAAGUAGAAUUAAUUUGGAAUCGUUUUCAAAUAUCAUCAGCCAACAUGCGUCUGCUCUCACGUCUGCUCAGUCGGUACAAUGCGGUGGUAUUGGAUUUCGUCAACGCCCAGAAAAAUUGCAUCGAGGAGGUUCCUCUCGUACAGGGACACGUCUCAGCACUCUCCACUAAGUUGAUCUACUUUCUGAGAGACAGUGUCCUGCUGUGCGAGCCGAAAGAAAUUCACAUCUGCGAUGGAACAAAACAGGAAAAUGAGAAAAUGGUUGCCAUCAUGAAAAACAUGGGCAUGCUACAGGAGCUGCCCAAGUAUAAAAAUUGCUACCUGGUUCGAACUGAUCCAAGGGAUGUGGCAAGGGUUGAGAGCAGGACCUUCAUGAGUACACCGACAGAGAGGGAGGUCAUUCCCAUCCCCAAACAGGGCGUGAAGAGCACCCUUGGCAACUGGAUCUCCACUAAAGACAUGGAUACUGCCAUCGACAACCGGUUUCCCGGUAGUAUGAAAGGCCGCACAAUGUAUGUGAUUCCGUUCAGCAUGGGUCCCAUAGGUUCGCCCCUAUCCAAGAUCGGAGUGCAAGUGACUGACUCUCCCUACGUGGUGGCUUCCAUGCGUAUCAUGACCAGAAUGGGAGCUCCGGUUCUUCAAGAGAUUCUAGCCAACCAGAGCAAGCCGUUUGUUCAGGCCACUCACACAGUGGGAAAACCACAGCCCUCAGGCAAAAUGGCCAUGCCCUCCUGGCCCUGUGACCCUGAAAGGACCAUUAUCAUGCACAGAGAAGCCUACGAUGAAAUCUACAGCUAUGGCAGCGGCUAUGGUGGAAAUUCACUGCUUGGAAAAAAAUGUUUUGCUCUCAGAAUUGGAUCAGUUCUGGCUAGAAAGGAGGGUUGGCUUGCUGAGCAUAUGCUUAUCCUAGGCAUCACAACGCCGCAAGGCCGCAAGCACUAUAUAGCCGCAGCUUUUCCUUCAGCUUGCGGCAAGACCAACCUGGCAAUGAUGCAGAGUGCCCUGCCCGGCUACAAGGUGGAGUGUGUGGGUGACGACAUUGCUUGGAUGCGGUUCAACCCUCGCACACGCAAGCUGCAUGCCAUCAACCCGGAGAACGGCUUCUUUGGGGUCGCUCCAGGAACUUCGAACGACACAAACCCCAACGCAAUGAAAACAAUUUUCGAGAACACAAUCUUCACAAACGUGGCCAGCACCAGUGAUGGAGGGGUGUAUUGGGAGGGUAUGCCUACCCCCCCGCCCCAAACCCAAAUCACCGACUGGCUGGGGAAGCCCUGGACCACCCAAUCGGGAACCCUGGCUGCUCAUCCAAACUCAAGGUUCUGUGCCCCAGCCUCGCAGUGCCCCAUCAUAGACCCGGCCUGGGAGGCGAGUGAGGGCGUAGAGAUAGAGGCCAUCCUGUUUGGGGGCCGUCGGCCCGAGGGCGUGCCCCUGGUUUACGAGUCAUUCAACUGGCAGCAUGGUGUGUUCAUGGGGGCCAGUAUGAGAUCUGAAGCCACAGCUGCCGCUGAACAUAAGGGAAAGGUGAUAAUGCACGACCCGUUCGCAAUGAGGCCUUUCUUCGGCUACAAUUUCGGUCACUACCUCCAGCAUUGGCUCGAUAUGGAGAAGAAGGCCGACUGCACUCUUCCACACAUCUUCCAUGUCAACUGGUUCCGUAAGGAUAGCAAUGGCAAAUUCCUGUGGCCCGGCUUUGGUGAGAACUCGCGCGUGCUGGACUGGAUCAUCCAGCGCAUCGAGGCAGGAGACAGAGACAGCAGCACUGCCUGUCGACACUCUCCUAUUGGCUAUCUGCCCACUAGGGAGUCGUUCCAACUGGCCAGCCUUAGCGAGCCUGUCGACUUCGAUCAGCUGUUCAGCGUCGACAAACGCUUCUGGCAAAAGGAGGUUGAAGAUUUGAAAAAAUACUUCGACGAACAGCUUCCAAACGACGUUCCACAGGGAAUCGCAACCGAACUGAAAAAUCUUGAGUCCAGAAUCAACGAGAUCCAAGAAUAAGAUGAAGUAUUAAACUAUUUUGCUUUCCAAAUUUAAACAAAACUGUGUUUGUCUGCAUACGAUACGAUAGAAAAUCUAUGGCUUGAGAUUAAACCUCAAUUAUCUUGCUGUAUGUGUGAAUAAUCACUCAUUUUAAUAAAAUAUAUUAUUCGAUUUUAUUUCAAAGCAGAGAGAUAUAAAUACUGUAUUGUGUUUUCAUGAAAGUUGAAUUUUACCAUAACCGGUAUGUUGAGGAUGAUAUAUUUAAGAAUGUAUUUUGAAACUAGCCUAUACCCGCGUACUAAAAGAGAAAAAUAUGUCGUUUUUGAAUAUUUUUAAUAGAUUAAUAAGUAGGGGUAGUUACUUUAUAAGAAGUUUGAAACAAACGGCUGUAAGUUGGAAUCUGGUGGAUCCUCAGCAGAUUUAAUUCUUGAAGGAAACAACAUUUUAUUAGUUUAAUAACACUACGCUCUUGAAAGACAGCUUCAUUAUCAAUAUUAUUGUUACGGUAUUAUCCAGAAAUAUAUUUACAACUUUUAUACUAUGAGGAAACCUUUAGUAGGCUGUUACAAGCAUCUGUCUAUUAGUAUUUUUGUAUAUAGAACUAACUCAAAUAGUCUCUGAAACAUAAUAAAUCUCACUGAUAGUCUAGUUUUAUUAUUGAGAAGAUAUUGCUAUAUGUAUUAUGUUAACCGUAUAAUAUUAAGUUCGAAUUAUAUUCUAGGAGAAUAGAAUGUUAGCUAUGUAAGGAAAUAAAAAUGAAAACCGUGAAAAAAUAAAGAAAUUUGAAAAUCAA